CUUCCGCCCCGCGCUCCGGGAGGGCAAGUGUGCCGGCCGCCCGCCCGCCCGCUCGUCCGGCCUCCGCCUCAGUGACGGGGCCCGGGGCGCCGCGCGCAGCGGUGCCGAAGCCCGUGGGCCCUCGCCUCGGCCGAGCGGAGUAGGAGAAGGCAGCUAAGAGUAGUGUUAUUGGAUCUGGGAGUGAACUUGUGAGGAAUGGGAGUGCAGCUUCCUCCGUAGAGAUCCUGCCUCUGGACACACCUUCCCCUGGCAGCUCCCACAGCCCAGACCUGGCAGUGUCCGCAGCCCAGACCUGGCAGUGUCCGCAGCACGACGCAAGAAGGCAUUUUGGAGAUCAAAGAUGGGUAGAAAAGAUGCCUCCACUAUAAAGCUUCCUGUUGAUCAGUACAGAAAGCAAAUUGGUAAACAGGAUUAUAAAAAAACCAAACCUAUUUUACGAGCAACCAAAUUAAAAGCAGAAGCAAAGAAAACAGCGCUAGGCAUUAAGGAAGUUGGCCUUGUCCUCGCAGCUCUGUUGGCCCUCCUCCUGGCUUUCUAUGCUUUCUUUUAUCUCAGACUGUCCACAGACGUGGACCCUCAUCUGGAGCCUGAUGAAAAUUAGCCGAGCAGCCAUCAAUGCGUUAUAAGAAAACAUUUUAUAAAAGGACCUUUCGGGAGCAAUGCUUUUUUACAUCUUGAGUUCUUCCUGCUAGUAUUUUCCUUUUGGAGAGAGAUUUUUUAAAUAGUUGGUCGUAUAUCAAGAAAAGAACCUUAACCUAGCAAUGCAGUGUAAUGUAUGCCACCGAAUGCUUUCACAAAUCCUUCUACUUACACAGGCAACCUGUUCAUGGUGCGUUCAGAUAAAAUGGGAAACAGAUCCCAAAUCCUUCAGAUGUCUCACCCGUCUACGCGGAUAACUCCAUCACGUGCAGAUUACUGAACCUGCUUUUGUUCCAUGCGUACAUCAGAAGCCAAAGUGUACAUCCUUAUUUACAGAAACAUGCUUAGCUCACAUCCAGCGCCGAAGAAGAAACGAAAAGUCAUGGGGAAUUUGUCAUCUUACAAAGAGGUCUCGCUUUCUUUCCAGACAUAUUUUGUAUCGUUAGAGAGAGACUCUGCGCAGACAGCUACAGCAAUCUCUCUCCUCCUUUGCCAACUGUUCCGUGCACAUGUGCUCCCUCAGAAACGGCACCUGGAUGGCAGAAGCGCAACGAGCCACAUAUGUCUCUGAAAUAGAGUUCCUUCCCUCCGAGGCCGCCUAAGCUGGUGUAAAUAGAAAGUUCAGCUGAUCUUGAAUUUAAUUAACUUAUGAGCCUAUUAAUAUAAACUUGGAAUUCUAUUUUAAUUAUGUUGUUCUGGCUGCUUGCGGUAUCAGUUUGCUUCUCUUGCGAGGGCUUCAUGCGGCAGUCUGUCAUGUGAUGGUGCAGUCUUUUUCACAUAACGGUAGGCAGUAGGAGAAGUCCUACCUAUUCAGAGUAAUUUUCGUGGGUUAUGGUUAUCUUUUAAAGCUGAACGAUACGAAGUAUUUUUCAAAAUUACAUUGUUUUUCUCUUGACAGAUAACCAGUUAGAACUCUUUUUAUGAAAAACAAGUAGGAAAUAUAUGUCUCGUUACUGGCAUAUACAGUUUUUUGUUUAUAACAUUUUUUUCAAGUAUUUUGCAUUUGUUACACUAUAAUGACAAAUACAUCCAAUAUUUUUACCGAUAAUACAAUUUCUUCAUAUUUUUAGAACGCAUGAAUACAAAAAGUUUAGAAGAUGGAAGAAUAUGUGUUUACUGUUAUAUAAAGAUUUGUAGAAAAGGAAUAGUUUGAAACAUGCGCACAAAAUGUUUUAUAGGAUAUGCAUUCUAUUUGUGAAGAAUAAAUAAAAUGUUAAGAUUGUUUUCCUACUUGCCAAGGGAAGAAAGCUUUCAUAAAUACCCUACAUAUUCUUUGAGACUUUUGCAAAUAGUGGAUGUGACUAUAGCAUUAUGUUCUGCAGAAUGUUUUCGAGUUGCAUAAUUAUUCAUCAGCGUGAAAACAGCCAAAAUUUCCAAUAUUCUCACCAAUCAUGUAUGCCAAACAUCGAAGGGCAAAAUUCAGACCAAGUUACUUACUAGAUUCCUCCCCUUGAAAUCACAAACUCCAGAGAGACCAAGAGUUCUUACACACUCGCCACCGCAGACCCAGCCAAAUGGCAUUUUUCAGGAAAGGUUACAGCAUUUAAUGCCAUGUGGUGUGUCUGUCUGCGGAGUGGGUGGCAAGGGAAUAUCCAAGCUGGCAUUUUGGAUCCGAUGGGCCUUUUCCUUUCCCAAGUGACAGGCCACAUGUCAAGAAAUACUUUCCCCCCACUCCUGCUCCAUUUACGUGAACAGUUUUCAUUUCGUUAUUUCCCCUCCCAUAUGGCAUUCAACACAGUCUUACUAAAGUUAUUGCUGAUUUCGGUGAUAAUUUAAAUGAGAGGCUAUGUAGUAAUUGUUUAUUAAAUACCAAUCCAAGUGACAAAUAUCAGAAUUCAUAGUAUAUAAAAUAGAUGAUUAUAUUCUUGGAAAUGUUUGAAUAUUAUCGUGG